UCAGGUAGCUAGCUAUCUUUUCAGCCAGUCAGUUAACAUGACUCAGCAAGAUAGUUAACUCAGGUGACUCAAGGCAGCUCGUACGUCGUUGAUAGAGACGAACUAGCUCAUCUUGUAAUUUGUGACUGACAAAACAGAGAUACAAUUUUACCAUCAUCGUGGACGAAUAACAGUGAACAACAGACAUGGGAGCUUCACCGAGUUUUCCCGUGGUCUCACUGCCGAGAGAGAGGAUCGUUGUUGUAACGGGUGGCAAUACAGGGAUUGGCUAUGAAACUGCAAAACACAUUGCUAUGAUGGGGGCUACAGUGAUUAUUGCCUGUCGCUCCGAACAGAGAGCCACUGAUGCAAUCAAAAGGAUGAAUGAAGAUUAUGAACAAAUCAAAGCACACGGCAAGCUGGAGGAAGGACAUAUAAAUGAAGACAAACUCCCUGUAGAGUUCAUGAAGCUGGAUCUGGCUUCUCUGAAAUCAACCAUGGACUUCAUAGAGGCAUUCAAGUCUUCCGGGCGGAAACUCCAUGUCCUGUUGUGUAAUGCUGGUCUGGCGGCUACGGAAAGAGAGAUCACAGACGACGGGUAUGAACUGCACUUCCAGGUGAACUACCUGGGCCACUUCCUGAUUGUCGCCCAUCUGCUGCCUAUAAUGAAGACCUCGGGGGACGACUGCAGGAUUGUGUUCACGUCAAGUCUGGCACACAAAUUCGCCAGAUUUAACUUGGACAAAGCACAAGCAAAGAACCCUUCAGAUUUUAACAACCUACGUUUCUAUGGCAACUCAAAGUUAUAUCAGAUCCAGCAUAUGUUCAGCCUUCUACGUCGCCAACAUGGAGAACACGUCACGGUGACGUCAUUUCACCCGGGUGCAGUUGGAACUGAGUUGGCCAGGGACUAUACGAGGCGGCGUUUUUAUUCUGUUCUCAUGGGGGCCAUGUCUGCUUUAAGAAUUACUCGGACUCCUUUUCAAGGGGCGGUAACUCUGGUGGACGCUGCAGUGAAUCCCGCAAAGAAGGGUUUGAAUGGUGUCUAUCUUGUUGAUUGCAAGCCAGCUUCCAUGUCCAACGAUGCCAGGAAUGAAAAAUACCAAGAAGAACUGUGGACGUACACGUUGGAGUGUUUGAAGCAGUAUCUGCCCGAGGAUGUCCUCAGUGCAUUGGGAGGACCUUCAUCCUGACCUGGAGCAUCAUACCAGGGGAUACACAGACAGCCUUGUUAGACAGACAGCAUAUUACCUCAAUCACUGUGAUAUAACAUGCAUAUUGUCAUUGAUGGCACAUACAACAACCAUGUUGUAUUGAGUAAUAACAUACAGCCACAAUCUAAAAGACGUCAGAUACUGUUGUUGACAUGUAUAAUCUCCAUCUCAGCCAUUAAAAAUCAUGGAUGAAUGUA